AUGGGAUUCGAACUCAACAGAUUUCAAGGAGAAGUUGAUGAAGAGCUGAUAUGUCCGAUAUGUUCAGGAGUUUUGGAAGAUCCCCUACAGGCUCCAGUUUGUGAACAUGCUUUUUGUAAAUCUUGCAUAACAGAAUGGAUUUCAAGACAACCUACAUGUCCAGUUGAUAGACAGAGUGUAACAUCUCCCCAGUUGAGACAAGUACCACGAAUAUUGAGAAAUUUAUUGUCCAGAUUGUGUAUUAAUUGUGAUAAUGCCCAACAUGGGUGUACCCGUAUACUAAAACUCGACGCCCUGGCUGCCCAUCUUGAAGAAUGUGAGCAUAACCCCAAGCGUCCUUUACCAUGUGAACAGGGGUGUGGUCUUAUCAUACCCAAAGAUGAGCUGAAAGACCAUAAUUGUAUCAAGGAACUGAGAGCCCUCAUUCAUACACAACAGCAGAAGAUGAACGAAUUUCAGCAGGAAAUCAACGAACAGAGAUUUCUGCUCACUGAGCAAAGACGAGAAAUGCAGUUAUUGAAGGAUUUCAUGAGGGCAAUGAGAAUAUCGAAUCCUUCAAUGAGAGCAAUAGCUGAUGCUAUGGAGAGAGAUGAAGCACUGCGUUGGAGUAAUUCCUUACAGAGGGCGAGAGUCACUCGAUGGGGUGGGAUGAUUUCCACUCCAGACGAAAUUCUACAGCGCGUGAUCAAGCGAACGCUGACGGAGAUGGGCUGCCCGGCCCACAUCCUCGACGACCUCAUGGAGAACUGCCACGAGCGACGGUGGCCUGCCGGGCUGUGCUCGUUGGAGACGCGCCAGAACAACCGCAGGCAGUACGAGAGCUACGUGUGUAAGCGCGUGCCCGGCAAGCAGGCGGUGCUCGUGCUGGCCUGCGACAACGGCCACAUGGCCGCCGACAUGAUGGUGGAGCCGGGGCUGGUGAUGAUUUUCGCGCACGGGAUCGAGUGAGAGAAAGGGUCGGUGGCAAGCAUUCAAAUGACCAUUACUUUCGGUAUGGAUGUAUUUCUAGUCCAAUCAGAGCGAUUGUAACUAUGGCGGUCAAUUCGAAUCUGUAUCUCUACUUAUUAAUAUAGUAUGAUAUCAAUUUCUGUGAUGUUUCGAUGACCAUGUACAAGAAACCUGAGAAUAAUAUCAUUGAUUAUUUACACUAACAAGAUGCUGCACCUUCAUGUAAACUGUUGAAGCCAAAGGACGCCGCACAAAUCAAAUGCAAUUUUGAUUUCUGUC